UUUUGUCUUGUUUGUUUUUGCAUUGUACUAUUUGGAUUAAACAUUAGAUUGUUUCAGUAAGUCACAAUGUUCAAUAUGGUACCCCAAUAACAAUAGAAAAAAGAUAUAUGGUGUAUCUGACAAGAGCUGAGCUGUCUCCGGUUCAAUAUGACAAUUGGAUUUGCGGUGGAGCAAUAGUGUCAGAAUGGCUAAUCGUAACUUCGGCUGCAUGCGUUGAAGACGUCCAAUUCUUGUACGCAAUUGCUGGGUACAAGAAAUAUAUACAACCAGGAUCAAACGUCUUUAAAGCAGAUGAAUGUAUAGAGCAUUCAAAGAAAAAAAUUGUUAAUAUUUGUGUACCAUCAAGAUACAAGUUUGACUAUGGAAUUACGGAACACUGGGCUGACAUAGAUAUAGCUGUAGUUGAAGUAGAGUCAGCAUACGAUUUCAAAAACCCUAUACAUGGCAGAUGUUCAUGGAUUCCUAAUGCUAUUAACAUAAGCUAUGAUCCACGUCAUAGUCAACCAGACACGGAUGCAAUGGUGUUAGGAUGGGGAUCUACACGUGUUUGGCGAAAACCCAAUGAUACAAAAGACUACAACACAGAAACCUUGAAAUAUGCUCCAGUACGCAUUGCAAAAAAGACUAAGUGCAUGGAAGCUUACGAAGACAUACCUAAACUAUUACAUACAAUUGAGAAAUAUAUGAUUUGUACCAUCAACCCUGGCAACAUAGAUGAUAAAGGAAACAUAAUCGUUCCACCCAUUCCAAUAGUUGAUACGCGUGCAACUGAGGACGCCACAUUGCGAUCUGUAGACCGUAUGUUACGACAGAACCUUCAGGACAAUUAUUAUUACGAUGGCUUAAGAAAAAGUAAUUUCUAUGGGCGCUUCACAAUAGACCGGGAUAAUAUUACUGCUCGAAAAACCAAUUCAGAAUAUAUUGAAAUGAAACAACCCAGAGCGAUUCAAAUCGAUCAAAACAUUACCCGUUUUUCUGCGAGAAGAAAUGGUAUAUGUCAGAAUGAUCACGGUGGUCCUCUUGUAACAUGGGUUGGGAGUGAGGUACGCCUCAUUGGCACAGCGUCAGUUUUUCUAGUGAAUUCAAAUAACGAUUGCGUUGGACCGUUUCUAUAUACGAGUACUCAAUGCAGUGGAGCGUUUCUUGCCUGCGUUUUAGGACCUGAAAAAAUUGACCCAGAGUCAUCAGAACCACGAAGCCACAAAAAACGCAGACAAGGUGAGGGAUCUGUAUUGGAUUGGCAUAUAUUGGAUAGUGAAUGCAAUGAACCACUUGCUAAACUUGGUAUACAAAUUAUAAGAAGAAAAGUAUCGUGGAUGAACCAUCCGGACGGACCAGCGGCAAAUGAAUUGCCGUUCGAUUUAUUCGAACGACCACAAGUACCACUCAACAACUUUAAUAAGAAAAAACUAAAAUAAAUUAUAAAUAACGUAAUCUUUUUAUACAAUUAUUAUGUGAAUAAAAGAAACUA